AUGGACGAUGUGCCGGCAGAGGAGGCGCCUUUGCCGGCGCAGCGCAGGUCGGCGCUGCAGCGCCAGGAGAGCGGCGUCAGCGGGGCUAGCGUGCCGGUUUCGCCUCCGAAGCCGAAGCGAGGCGGUCUCUUCAACGUGCUGCGCCGGGCGCCGCGGUCCGAGCGCUCGGACCGGUCGGAGCGAAGUGGGUCCAAGAGCCGAAAGGAGCGACGGGCGGAGCGCUGGGAGAAGCACAAGAACUUCGAAAGGAUUCGCUUUGACCAGGCCUCCGAGGCUGAUCCGAGCCACUACUCUCCGGAGCGGAAGGCGGUGACAUCCGAGGAUGCGCUAGGCUCCGCGGCGUUUGCGGAGCACAUGAGGAUCCAGCGGCUGCUGAACAGCGGGCAGCUGGCGCAGCGGAGCCGCAGCUCGCCCAUCGCCAAGGUGCAGAAGGCUGCGGUGGAGGACACGGUCUUUGAGGAGAAUGCUGAGAAGGCUGUGAACCUCGAGCACUGGCUGGAUGGCGGGCUGAAGUUUGGAGCGGCGCUUAAGCCCAAGCGCAUGUUCCCCACCGGCUACGAGCUGGCGCCCUGGUCUGAGGAGGUGCCCUUCCUGCGGCACGCGCGCACCGGGGUGGUGCUGUGGCCCAUGCGCCUGGACCUGAUGCCCUUCUUCGUGGCACUGGAGGGGCAGAUGGCCUACCGGAAGCUGGUGACUGCGUAUCACUACACCACGGGGGCCGGCUUCAAUCGGAUCGUGGCGCGCUUUGAGACGGAGUCGGGCGAAAUGCCGGACAGCCAAGAUUUCGCGGAGGAAGUUUGGGACAGGUUGGUGGAAGAUGUUGAGGAUCAGGACUCCGAGUGGCUUGAUGGCUUGGACGUGCCGGACGACGCUUUUGUCGCGAUUAGCCAUCCGCCGGACAAGUUCCCAGACCGAGAGACUCUGUGCCGGGCAGUUUGUCACCUGCCUGAGAGCCAAGGGCGGCUGCCGCUGGGCCGGGUCUCCUACUGCAUCGCGGUGCGAGUGCCGGAGGACCGGCUGCUGGCCGCGGGCAGGCAAUGGCCGUCUACGGUCUUUGUGGCCGCCCCCGGCAGCGUGGACGAGCUCAUGAGCCAGGACACUGAGAAUUCAGGGUCCAAGCUGCAGUGGCUCAGCGAGGCGCGCAUGAAGGAGGUCACCUCCAAGAAGGAGCCGAACAAGGACAAGCUGCUGGAGGAGGUCAAGGUGCUGGGGCUGCUGGACGGCCUGGUGGACCGCGAGACAGGGCAGGUCAUCCAGGACAGCCCCAAGACAAAGGAGCAGGUGCAGCGUGACGCUCUGGAGGAGGAGUUCGAGCAUGCCAAGCGGCUGGCAGAGGAGAAGGUCUCCAACCUGAACUCCCUGAAAAGGCGCUGCGAGCGAAAGCUCCUCAAGGCGCAGGCCCCGGAUGGGGAGGUCGACUUCUUCAACGGCCCGGAGCGUAUCAGGAAGCUUCAGCAGCACCUGGAGAGGAUCAGCAAAGAGCUUCAGGAGGCAGAGCAAGAGCUUCAGAACUUUGAUGAUCAGGUGGCGCGCUCGAACCGGCGCCAAGCGCUGCUGAACGGGGAGGUUUCCGGGCCUUCGGGCCCAAAGCUGCAGCUGCGUCGGCGCCAGGCAAAGUUCUCAGAGUUUGCCGGGGACACGCUGGAAAGUGUGGGAGAUCUGGGGGACGAGUACAAGGACCUGCAGGGCCACGUGCUGCGCGACAUGUUGGGCGGCAGCAACGCGACGGCCAAGGCCUGGCUGGAGCAGAAGGGGGACCCCAACAUCUAUGAUGGCGGCACCGGGUGGACGCCUGUGCUGAUGUGCGCGUCCAGCGGAAACUUGGAGCUUUUGAGUCUCUUGAUCUCCUUCCGCGCCAACUUGGCUCUGCCGGCCAAGGCCUCCGGGGAGUCCGCGGUGCACCUGGCCGUCUACAAGACCUCCAGCGAGGUCUUGCAUAAGCUGCUGGACACCCACCGGAAUGCGGUCCAUGAGGUGCGCAAGGACGGGUCCUCGGCGCUCAUGGUGGCCGUGGAAUGCGCGCCGCCCAAGGUGAAGAACGAGUUUUUGAGAGCGCUGUUGGACAAGACCGCGGACCCCAACCUGAAGCGCAAAGAUGGAUGGACUCCGCUGGGUGUUGCCAUCAGAAACAACAUGCGCUUUGCGGCCAAGAUCAUGGUGGCGCGGAACGGGGCCAUUUUGACCAAUGUGCCGGGCACCACGCCACCGGUGACUUUGUGGGAACUGGCGGCCCAGCACAAGGACCUGCAGCAGGCGCUGAGGCUGAAGCUUUCCAGCAAGGACCUGGCCGAGAUCGAGAAGAGGUGGCCUGGCACUUUGCUUCAGAUGCAGGUGGAGGAAGAGUAA